AUGUGGAUAGAAAAGGACACCGGGGGGAGAUGCGCGAGGGGGGGAGCGCUCAGCCAGCAAGUGAACGACGGCAUUGAAACGUUAAAGCGGAAUAACAAUUUCCUGUUUGGCGGCAUUGGCGGGAAUCUUCCUUCGGAGGCGAAAAGGAGGCGCGGCGGCGAGCGACUGCGCAGGGUGAGCCGCUCGACCGUCUUGACCGCUUCGACGAGAUCGGGUGGGUCGGCGCUGUUGACUGCAUCGGCCGCGUCAGCCGCGUCAGCCGCGUCAGUCGCAUCAGCCACAUCAGCCACAUCAGCCACAUCAGCCGCACCAGCAUCAGUCGCAUCAACUGGGUGGCCCACCUGGACUGCGUCCAGCAGGUGUUGGACAACCGCGAAGGGGGCUGAGCAGUCGUCGAACAAACCCAAAGGAGGGGAAGAACUGCCCGGAGGAGGCGACCUCUUCGGGGGAGACCACUGGAGAGACAAAACAAGCGCUGCUACCAACCGGAAUGACGAUGGAGGAAAUGAAAGAAAUAAAACUUGGCGCAAAGUGAGCAGCGCGCAUCUGGCGAAGGAACCCCAAGUGACUUCCUCACGCAAGAGACCCAACCAGCCGAUGGAUAAGUGCCCCACGAGUGGAUCCGAAUGGAAAAGCAGAAAGGUAGGCGAUUUGGGGGGGACUCUCUACAGAAGCACGCAGUACUUAAACAACAGCGCGGUCUACAACGACAGCAUCGUGAACAAUGAGACGGUCGUGUGCCAGGAGUGGCCGGAGAUGGGCAACCCGGGGGAGUGCGCGGAAGAGGCCGCCACGGAGGGGAAAGGCCUCCAGGGGUGCCAGCUCAACGAAGCAGGAGAGAAGCAGCUCAACGAAGCAGAAAAGAAGAAGCUCAACGAAGCAGGAGAGAAGCAGCUGAACAACGCAGAAAAGAAGCAGCUGAACGAAGCAGCAGCACACCCGCUGGGCAUACCCGAGGGGAGGAAGCAACACCAGCGAGCGAGCAUUCAAAGCGUCAUCCAGAGGGACAUCCCCGCGUUAAUAAAAAACACAGUGAAUAACCACCUGGCCCAAAACAUAAACCACCAAGUGCAGGAGGCAAUAAAAAACAAUUUCUCCAUCCUCCUUGGUAAUAACAAAACCGAUACCUCAGAAAGGGAGAAACGCAACGUCCCUACGACGUAUGUGCAAGACAAGCUAGGCGACCUAGUCAGCACCGAAAUGAAGAAGAAGGCAAAUCAUUUCUACUCUACAGUGGGGAAGCGAAUUGAAGAAAAUGUGAAGGAGGAAAUAGAGAGGAACACACUCAUCAUGAAUAAGCAGAUAAAGCAAAACGUAACGGACCAAAUUGAAACAAACCUUGAAAGGGUUUACAAUCAGGUUGAUCUAAAGGUAGGAAAAAAAGUGAGUAAUGAGCUAGCCAAAAAUAUGAAUAGUGUGCAGAGUAAUUUGCUCCAAAGUGUAAACAGCGAGCUGAAUCGGAAGGUAAAACUGAUUGGGGGGAAAGUAGACAGCCAAGUUAGGGUGUUCAUCUCAAGCGAACUUAAAAGAAACCUAGACGUUCUAAAUAGCCGAAUUAAUGGUAACAUAAAUAGAGAGCUAAAGAAAUGCCUUUCCAUUUUGAAUAGAAAUUUUGAUGAGAACUUGCAUGAGCAGAUGGACUGGCGUGUGCAGAUCUUCCUCAAGCAUGUGUGUGAAUGUCUAGGGGAGGAAAUUAAAAACAACGUCAACGUGAUGGAGAAAAGUCUCACUGCCAACUGGAAUGAGCUCCUUUUGGAGAAGGUCACAAGUAGAACAGAGGAGGCGAUCAACAGAGUUAGGGAGGCCAUGCUCAUAAUGAAUGACACCACCAACCGAGCGGAAGAAGCAGUCGGGCUGACUAAACACAUCGUGGAGGGAAUCUCCUCCGAGGUGAGAAGCUGCGUCGAUCGGAUAGGCACAUAUGUGCAGGAGGGCAUUGGGGGGGACCUAAAAGGCGCCCUACAUAGCGCCAUACAUAGCGCCAUACAGAGCGCCCUGCAAAGCGCCCUACAAAGCCUCAGCAAGGAGAACGAAGCGGCGUCUGCGAAGAUGGCUCAAGUGGUAUGCGCCAAGGUGGAGGCCGCCACAAGCGCUGAGUUGGCGCGGCAAAUGGGCGCGCUGCUCGGGGGGAUGCGCGACGAGGUGAGAGGGAGCAUUGGCAGCGUAGAAACCGCUUUGAAGGGAAGCCUCAAGCGAAGCGUGGAGACCACCUUGAAGGAAAGCCUCGAAACCACUUUGAAGGGAAGCGUAGAAACCGCUUUGAAGGAACGCCUCGAAACCACUUUCCAGCGAAUCCUCGAAACGACCCUGCGGGACGAACUCAGCAAAACCGCGCAGACGCUCCACGCCGAUGCGCGCGAAGAAGAGGCCAAGAGGAGCGACGCGAAAUUGGAGGUAGUCCUGAAAGACUCGAACCAAAAAUUCGACGCCCUCAUCAAAGUGCAGAGGUCCCUAUCGACCAACCUGAGUAGAGACAUGAGAAUCGUAAAGGAUAUGAAGACCAACCUGGUGGAGGUGAAAGACUUUUUUAAAACCUACUCAACCUCUCUGCAAAAGGAAUUGCUAAACGCGAUGGAGGAAAACACCAGUGCAGUGAUGAACACAAGUGAGUCUAUCCUUAGCAGGAUGGACAUUUCCUUUUCCGGCAUCGAUAGGAUCCUGAGUGCAUUCUGUGAGAAGGUGACUGAGAGGGUUGGAGAGGCCACCGAGAUGCACGCUCAUCGCGUUGUAGAGGAGGUUGCCACGAUGGCGAGCACUCACCAGAGUUUUGUGAAAGAGCAGCGCACCGCGACGGAGGAGCGCCUCGAAAGGGUAGCCCAAGAUCUGCUUCAUUUGAGCGAAGCAACCGCGCAAAGGACACACGAACGGGUGAGAGUCAGCAGCGAGGGUGUGCUAAAUAGCCUUAUUGACACUAUGCAAAGGGAAAGGGCCCACAUGAUUAUGCACGCAGAAGAAAUUAUAGCCUGUUUGAAGAAGAGCAUAGAGGAACACUCCAGCAACAUGCUGGCCAAUUUGAGGGGAGUGCUUCAUGAGAAGGACGAGCACAUGGUGGAGGGGCUAAAACGGGUCAGCAGCGAAAUUGACGCGAAACUGGCAGAACAAGCCAAACAGUUUUUAAGUCACCUCGACUGGAGGAUAAGCGAUGCCGUUGGGGGGAGAGUACAGUGUGUGGGGGGCACAUAUGGGCAUGAGCACACCCACCAGGUGCGGAGAAUCCCCUUAGGGACAAAGCAGGGUAAGCCAGCUCCUGCCGCCAGACAGAAGAGGUACCUAAUUGGUGGGGACAUGAUGGCAAAUCGUUUGGGCAGCGCCGAUCGAGCAGAGCACCGGAAAAGGAGGCGUGAAGUGAAGCACCAAAUGGGCUGGACGCGCGAAAUGGGCCCACCCAACGGACGCUUCGGGAAAGGCGUAAGUAAAACCAACCCGAGCCAGCCGCAGAACGGCAGAGAGGCCACACACAAGAGGAAGCCAAUUUACGUCGUCAAUUACUUGAGGAGCAAAAACGACGAGCUCAUCGAGGUGGCUCAGCACCUCCAUGAAAAGACGAAGAGGGUAAUAACCCUGUGCGGUCCAUAGUGCCGUUUUAUGGCCCCUUCACGGAAAGGAACAUUUGGAGAGUGCCUCAAUUUUUUUUUUUUUUUUUUUUUUCUUCUACUCCUUUGUCCCCCUAUGAAGAGAUGGAGAAUGCUCGAAGGGGGAGGGGCCACUCCCACGGCGCAGAAGAGCUGGGUCUCCUUCCCCGUCCAGCGGCUCCCUGCGAAGGUUAAGGAGGUUCAGAAGGUCAAGCAGGUUAAGAAGCGCGGAAUUAUUUUUACCUUUGCGUCGAAAUUUUUUUUUCACACCUCGUAUAUACGUGCGGGUGUGUACCUGCGUUUGCACCUCCGGCGCGGCUCCGCGGAAAGAGG